UUCCGGUGUGUAGGAACUGCAUCAACACUGUCAACAGAGGAAAUACAUUGUCAUGGAGUUUAUUGUUGAUUUUCUAAGAGUUAAAGUUUUUAUUUUAGCGUUAUUGAAAUGAGACACUGUAACUGGACGUAUGCACAGAUGGUACAGUGUAUCUCGGAACUUUCUCUUCCUCGGAUAAGGCAUGCAUAACGGCCGGCACACAUGUCCCAUGGAGAGGAGAAAAUAACCCCGAAGAGGAGAAGGAAAAAGAAGACGUCUCUGUUGCCCGGCUCCUAAAGUGAUCAAGCACUCUGAGAGUGAGCGAGAGAGUGAGUGAGCGAGAGAGUGAGAGAGAGAGCGAGAGAGAGAGAGAGAGAGAGAGCGAGAGAGCGAGAGAGAGAGAGCGAGAGAGAGAGAGCGAGAGAGAGAGAGCGAGAGAGAGAGAGGUGUCGACAGACAGACAGACAGACAGACAGACAGACAGACAGACAGACAGACAGACAGACAGACAGAAAGGAUCGAAGGGGGAAACAGAAACAAAGCAGUGAAACAAACAAUGGCUUUCUUGGACAACCCAGCCAUUAUCUUGGCCCACAUCCGGCAGUCCCAUGUGACCAGCGAUGACACGGGCAUGUGUGAGAUGGUGCUAAUCGACCACGACGUGGACCUGGAGAAGUGGCAGCUGGCCUCGGUGCCCGGCAGCAGCGGGGGUUCACUGGGUUCGGGCUCCCUGGGGGAAGGGGGCAGUGGAGGGGAGAACCCGGGCUGCGACCUCUCCCAGUCAUUGGACAUCACCUCCAGCUGGGACUUUGGCAUCCGUCGGCGCUCCAACACAGGACGUCAACAAGAAAGGCGCGAGAAACCAGGGGUGGCUGCUCAAAGACUUGAACGGUUAAGGAAGGAGCGACAGAACCAGAUCAAAUGCAAAAACAUUCAAUGGAAGGAGAGGUCGUCCUCGCAAUCAGCGGAGGACCUGGGUUCCCUGUUUGAGAAGAGGGACUUUAAAGAUCGACCCAGGAGCACUGGUACCAAGUCGACCCUCUCUCUCCGGCUCGAGCAAUGCCCCCAGCAGCUCAACAACCCUUUCAACGAAUACUCCAAAUUCGACGGCAAGGGCCACGUAGGUACAACCGCAACCAAAAAAAUUGACGUCUACCUCUCGAUGCAGUCUGCACAGGAGAAACUGCAUCCCAUGAUGGUGGUGACCAUCGCCAACGCUCGGGUCCACGACCUCAUUGGCCUCAUCUGCUGGCAGUACACCAGCGAAGGCCGCGAACCCAAACUCAAUGAGAACGUGAAUGCAUACUGCCUCCACAUAGCAGAGGAUGACGGAGAGGUGGACACAGACUUCCCCCCUUUGGACUCCAAUGAGCCCAUCCACAAGUUUGGUUUCAGCACUCUGGCCCUGGUCGAGAAGUACUCGUCCCCCGGCCUGGCCGCCAAGCAGUCCCUCUUUGUACGAAUAAAUGCUGUCCAUGGUUUUUCUCUCAUCCCAGUGGACAGCCUGAAGGUGACCAUGAAGGAGAUCCUGCAGAAGGCACUGAAGAAGAGGAAAGGCUCUCAGAAAGGCUCUGGUCCCAUGUACCGUCUGGAGAGGCAGACGGAGCCCAACGUGCCCGUGGAUCUAGACUGCAGCCUCGAGAGCCAGAGCACCCUAGAGUUCUGCCUGGUCAGGGAAAACAGCUCCAGAGGAGAGGACAGUUCAGAGGAGGAUCCACCCAUGGACAUCACCACGGUGCAGGACAUGCUGAGUAGCCACCGCUACAAGUCCUUCAAGAUCAGCAUGAUCCACAAGCUCCGCUUCACCACUGACGUACAGCUUGGCAUCUCGGGGGAGAAGGUGGAGAUUGACCCCGUCACCAACCAGAAGACCAGCACCAAGUUCUGGAUCCGACAGAAACCUAUCUCCAUCGAUUCAGACCACCUCUGUGCCUGUGACCUUGUGGAGGAGAGGAGUCCCAGUCAUGCAAUAUUCAAGCUCACAUACCUCAGUAACCACGACUACAAGCCCUUGUACUUUGAGUGUGAUGCUGCUACUGUCAAUGAGAUUGUGCUUAAGGUGAACUACAUCCUGGAGUCUCGGGCCAGCACGUCGCGGGCGGACUACUUUGCCCAGAAGCAGCGUAAACUGAGCCGGCGCACCAGUUUCAGCUUCCAGAAGGAGAAGAAAUAGAGGAGAGACCCUGGAACCACUGUCUAGACCCUGGGACCACUGUCUAGACCCUGGGGCCACUGUCUAGACCCUGGAGUCACUGUCUGACCCUGGGGCCACUGUCUAGACCCUGGAGCCACUGUCUAGACCCUGGAGCCACUGUCUGGACCCUGGAGCCACUGUCUAGACCCUGGAGCCACUGUCUAGACCCUGGGGCCACUGUCUAGACCCUGG